CUCCUCUCCCCUCGCUCGCUCUCCGCUGCGCCAGUCCGCCUCACUGACUCGCAGAACCAGUUGGUUUGGCCCAGCUUCUUCUUUCCUGCUUUCUCACUGUGUGUGCUGCUGUUGUUUUUGCCUGGUGUCAACCUACGCCGACGAGAGAAGAAGACAUAUCCCUCCCUCUCUUCUGUUAGAGGGCCGCUUCCAAUUUGCCUUCACUUUCCUCCUCGCCGGCACCAUUGGCUUCCGUGCCGUGCCAGUCAACUCGCCUCCUUUCCCAGCCCGAGUUGAGCAGCAACAGCUCGGAAACAUCUGGCCGCCGCAGAGUGCUAGACUCCUCGUCCCUCCGACUGCUCGCCUCGGCAGCCUGUUAUGGAAAUUAGUCUAAAGUCAAUCUAGUUUUCUCUCCGAAGGAAAGAGGGGGAUUUGACGGAGGAGCCAGAGAAGACGUUGGACCUUGUUGUCUAGAGAGAAAGACUGAGCAAGGAAGAGAAAGAGCAAGAAAGAAAGAGAGAGAGGGAGAGAGAUACACUGCCAUUCCCAGCCAGAGCCCAGCUAUUCUGCUACAGUGGAGUUAAUCAAGUUGAUGCAUACUGCUGCAGGUUAUGAGGACGGCAGGAUGGAGUUCCCAGACCACAGCAGACAUUUACUUCAGUGUCUGAGCGAGCAACGGCAUCAGGGCUUCCUAUGUGACUCGACAGUGCUAGUGGGUGAUGCCCAGUUCCGUGCUCACCGUGCUGUGCUGGCCUCCUGCAGCAUGUACUUUCACCUCUUCUACAAGGACCAGCUGGACAAGAGAGACGUGGUGCACCUCAACAGUGACAUCGUCACAGCCCCGGCCUUCUCCCUGCUCCUGGAGUUCAUGUAUGAGGGCAAACUGCAGUUCCAGGACCUUCCCGUAGAGGAUGUGCUGGCAGCUGCCAGCUACUUACAUAUGUAUGACAUUGUCAAGGUGUGUAAGAAGCGUUUGAAGCAGAAGGCCACUGCAGAGGCAGACAGUACACGUAAAGAGGAUGAUGGCGGCUCCAGCUGCUCUGAUAAGGCUGAUAGUCUAUCGGACGGCUCUACGGGCCGGCCUGCUACCGCUGAUCUGCUGCACAGUGAUGAAGAGGAGGAAGGCAAGGCAGAGGGCGGACCGCUGUGGCUGAGGCUGCCGUCCACAGAUAGAUCAGGGACACCAGCCAUGGCCACAGCCAGUCCAGGCCACGGUGAGGCUGAAACACAGGGUGGGGACGGGCUGGCGGAGGGAGCAAAGCUGCUGUCUCCAGCUCGUAGCCCCACAAGCUCCACGGGAUCUCUGUCCCAGAGGUCUCACCGCUCCGUCAGCUCACGAACUGGGCACCGGGGCAGGAGGGUGUCAAAUGAUGCGGCUGACUGUGUCCUGGACCUGUCAGUGAAGCCAAUUGGCAGUAGCAAUCACAACAACCACCAUCAGUCGUAUUUCAGUGGGGCAGCAACACCAGACAGCCUCCAAAGCCCAUUGGCUGUCAGGGUGAAAGUGGAGAGGGGUGUGGCUUCAGAUGAGGAAGAGGAACUGGGAGGUGGGGACUACGACAUGGAGCACAGCGGGCUCACCAAGGUGACGGGUCCCAGCGCCAAUGGGGGCCUGACCCACCAUGGGGUCGGAGGGCCUCUGUCGGCCCAGCGGAGACUCGGCCUAGAAGCGCACCUGUCAGCUCUACGCGAGGCCUCUCUGGCCUCAGAGCUGGAGCGGGAGGAGAAGGCCCCUGCCGCUGCAGAUGACGAGGACAUACUGGGGGGUGAAAAUGAGCGCACCCAGGCUGACGCGGCCAGCAUGGAUAGCUCCCUGCUGCCCUAUGUCUCCAAUAUGCUGUCAGCUCCCCACACCCAGAUCUUCAUGUGCCCACUGUGUAACAAGGUUUUCCCCUCCCCACACAUCCUACAGCUUCACCUCAGCUCCCAUUUCAGGGAGCAGGAGGGCAUUCGCUCCAAACCCGCCGGAGACGUCAACGUGCCCACUUGCACCAUCUGCAGCAAGACCUUCUCCUGCAUGUACACGCUGAAACGUCAUGAGCGGACACACUCCGGUGAGAAACCCUACACCUGCACCACCUGCGGCAAGAGCUUCCAGUACUCACACAACCUCAGCCGCCACGCCGUGGUGCACACGCGUGAGAAGCCGCAUGCUUGUAAGUGGUGUGAACGGCGCUUCACACAGUCUGGGGACCUCUACCGACAUAUUCGCAAGUUCCAUUGUGAACUGGUCAACUCGCUGUCAGUUAAGAGCGAACCGCUGGCGCUGCCCAAUGUCAGGGAUUGGGCGAUUGAGGACAGCUCCCAAGAACUGUGGAAGUAGAUAAAGACUACUGAAAGAGAGCAGAGAAUGACAGAAGGGCAGAGAGGCAUGGGGAGGUCAAAGGGAGGUGGCAAAGUUUGAUAUUCUGGGUUUAAGUGAGUCAUGUUCUUGUAUGUCGCAAAUCUCAUUCAAUUGCACUUUAAUAGCACAUGAAAAUGUUACUACUGAUUUUUUUUGUUGUUGUUUGGGGUUAUUUUGUUUUAUUCUAUUCUUAUUUUUAUUUUGCGUAAGCUCUGUUUGGUGGUUUUCAUUGCGUCUAAGGACAUGGGUCUCAGUGAGAAUGUCUUGCUUUUUUUGAAGAGUUUUUACUUUGUGUUUAAUCUCAGACACAACACUCCGACGCUGGCCAUCAUAUCAGUCCCAGUUCCACAGACAGCAAACCCACGGCAGAAGUUCAGGUCGAACACACUGAAGUGAAAAAGCGUUACUAUACACUAAACGGGUACUGUGAUCACCACGAGUCGAUAACCACCACACACACAGUUUCAAAAGGUGUGUGUGAUACUGCACUACUCUGGCAAAAAUUUCAUCUGAUGUGCGUGAGUGUGUAUGAGUGUAUUUUGUGUGUAUUAAUUUUAUUUUCUACUGGCAUGGAGGUGUCGUUGGCGAAGCGCUCCCCGCUUCUCUUGUUAAGCUCUUCGGUGUUGUGUGUUAAGGGGAAAGCUGACUGACUGACAGACAAACUGAUGGCACUCAUGCAAUGCACAGCCUCCUUUUUUCACUUCCAAUCAAUUUGAAGUAUUUUUUAAAAAUGAAAACACCUUUACAAAUUAUUAUAAUUAAUUAUUAUAAUUAUUGUUAUUAUAGAAGUUUUUCUUAAAUCUAGCUGGCAGUCUUUAAAACAUCUCUUGUUGAAAAGGUAUUUAAUUUAAGGUUGUUGUAUAUUGUUCUACUAUAGUUUUAAAACUUUAUUCCUUUACAGUUUUUUAAUUAAUGAUGAUUUGAUGAUGAUGAUGAUGAUGAUUACUAUUAUUAUUAUUAAUUAUUAUUAUUAUUAUUAUUUUGUUACUUUUUGUAAUGGGACCUGCUGUUGUUGCAUGAUGUCCAAACCUGUAUAUUUUAAAAUAAAAAUGUGAAUUUGCUGUAUUACUGUACACAUUGUAAUUGAUCAAAUAUUUGACAACAGGCUUUCUUUUUUCUUUUCUUUGUGAAUACUACUCCAGGGUGCAGUCUGUUGAAAAACUGAAUAUUAUUCUCACAACUAUGGAAAAAUGCAUGAAAAUUUGAUUUUGUCUUAUACCUUUAAGUUGUGGUUUUGCAUCGGGGAGAACGUGGGUUGGAGAAAUGUUUGAACAUAACACUUUGUCCGUGAAAAGGUAAAUUUUUUUCUACUCGUUGUAGGUCUGUCGCUGGGCUCCUAAAAAGAAUGUUACCAAAUGUGUUUCUGUCGGUUGUUGAAGCGAUAUGAUGAAGCAUUUUUAAGCCUGUGUCUAUAUGCACUGAUCUCUCUGCUGUGUAUGUGUUUUUGUGUGUGUUUACGAGUGUGUGACUUGGUUUUUACCGGUCAGUUUAACCUACUGAAGAUCUACGUCCACCCAGCACUUCCUCCUGCUCUUCCUCAGGCGUUAAAUUUGUCCACUGCUGUACGUUGGUUUGUUUUUUGUGUUCAUCUCUGUGUCCAUCCUCUCCAGCUCUAGACAUGGUCAAGCUACUUCUUAAUUACUUUUGCUCAUCGGGCACUUACUUCAGAUCUGUUGAGUUCAGUUCUGUGGCUCUGACUUGGCUAAAGUGUGAGGGAUGUAGAGAAAAAAGAGAAAGAUGGAGAGAGGCUGAAACUGAAUCUGUCCUGCUGAAAGUUGAAGGGUCAGAAAUCUCUUUCACGCUGUUGUGUUACGUCGAGCCGAGACGUGUUGAGCCGAUCUGAGCCGAGCCGUGCUCAUUCAAUACAGUAAGCCAUCAGACUCAGUGCAGUGCAUUUGGGCACAACAGUGUGAAUCAGAUUAAGAUAUUGUGUGUAUGUUACAUGUGGGAGUGAGUGUUUUCCACUUAAAACAUAAUCCUUACUCUGUGAUGGGAGAGAAUUGGCAUGCCUGAAUGCACCUUUUUAAGCUAAAAGACAUGAAAUCAGAUUUUCGCUGAAAAGAUGCCUUUAUUGAAAACAUUUCUGAGUAUUUGAUACUGUAGUGCAUUGAGAAAUAGUUGUUUAAAAUCAUGUAUAAAUUCAUGGAAUUUAUUGAAUUUAUCAGAAAAUUAUGAUGUCUUAUUAUAUUUUGAUUAUGUGAUUGGAAAAGUCAUGUUUUUUCUUUUUUUCAUGUGAAUAUUGUAUUGGGGCUACAUCAGUUUAGUUUCUUUUUUUACUUCUAUCAAAUCUUUCUAAUUUUUAACAUCACUGUCAAGCGUUUAUAUAAUCCACGGCGUUCACUGUAGAGAUUCUGAUGUUGAAAGUAAAUGCUCCACAUUUCUUCUUCCUGGCACUCCUUCAGUAUCAGCCCCUGACAUGUGUGUGUGCAUGCCCCCACUGAUGUGCAUGUGCUGGGUUUGGGUGGUUGUAUGUUGCCACCCUGUCAUCUGGUGGCACCUACAGGCUUUGCCAAUGCAACAGUGUGGGUGACAUUGCUGCAGUUUGCACCGCGUUGCCAACCUGUCUCUAUUUUUUUUUUUUUUCCCCUCAAACAUUAUUUCUUCACUGGCAGCGUCACUGCAUAUGUGCUCACUCCUUCCUGCUGUUGUUUUCAUCAUUACUGCUGUUUUUUUGUUCUGGUUGUACUUGACCGCCUUAAACUGCUGUAGUCCAGGCUGUUUUUCUUUUUUUUUUUUUUUUUUUUUUUCUGUGUGAGUGUGGGGUGGAGGUGUGAGUGAAGUUUUGAGAGUGAUGUCAACUGCUCAAGACGCUGUGAACUAACCACCCUGAUGAGACAUCUCCAUCUUUGCUGUGCUUACUUGAAAACAAGGGGGAUAUUUUUUUUUUCUUUUUAGGAAGGUAUAAAACUAAAAUGUUCAAAUGUCAUAGACAGUUUAUGGAAAGACAGACGAAGGGAGGAGGGUGGGGGGCAUCAAAGUUUUGUCUGUUUUUGAAAAAGGACAAUCAUUGUCUGGGAAAAAAAAAAACAAGCUGAUUUUGAUUCAGAUAUAUUUGCUCCCCCUUUGAGAUUAAAAACGUUGCUUUUCUUUUCCGUUCUUUUUCAGAUUUAGUCAUUUUUAGCUUUGACAAUCAUAGUUGGGUUGAUUUAUUUUGUUUUUCUCAAGGGGAGUAAAUUCUAAUUGUGUUUAGUUUUGUAAUUUUUGGUGUGCUGUUGUUGACAUUUUUAAAUUGUGUGCAAACUGCAAUAAAUUAUAAGAAUCUUGAAAUUCAA